AUGAGAGAACAUGCUAUCCCGCAUAAAAAUAGGCCCAAGUACGACCACACUGCGCCACCCACCUUCAACAAGAUCAACUGGGAUGGCGGGGGAAACGGGGCCGACCCGUUGCGAAGGACAUCUCCCAAGAGCUCGGUUCGUUCGGAGUACCAUAGCCCCAAGCCUGUCUUCAAGAAGGUUGACUGGAACGCCAAGGGCCAUCCGGUACGAUCGGUAUCUCCCCGGGGUACGACUUUCCGGCUUUCGGCGAGAAGACCUCGCGACGCUCCCAUGAUGGAUGCGCACAAGCCUGACAAUAUCGAGGAGGGGCCAGGACCUUGA